AUGCCGCUCCUGGAGUGCAAGGAGCUGCUGGAGGAGGAGCCCAUCGUGGACCCGUUCGCGGCCGGACGGCUCUGCACGCUCAAGUUCGGCGGACCGCAGGCGGCGGCGCCCUCUCCGAGCAUCUUUUUCCCUGGCGAGAUCACCGGCAGCAAGGGCGUGUUUGACUUGCGGCCCCUGAAGAACCGCCUCAAGGACCGACAGGAGCUGGUGAUCAGCAACCUUGUGCAGAAGCUGUCAGUGGUAGCGGAAGCAAAGAAGAGACUAGAGGAGGUGGGGCGGGUGGUGAACCAGCUCGCUCAGAGAGGGGCCAACAGGGCUCGCGCCAGGUCACCAGAGAGCCUGCAGCUGUUGUUCUCGCGACCGCAGUCGAGUGAGGCUGAGCGGUCGGCAGAGGCAUCGCUGCAGUCUGUUGAGGUACUGACGAAGCUGAAGGAGAUGCGCGCCGUCGGCUCCAAGGCAUUCAGCGCCGAGGCACCACUGUUCGGAGUGGGUCUGCAGGAACCUGACAACUCGUUCCCCGAUGAGCCGCUGCACCCCAUCGGCUGCAACCCGAUCCGUGUGCCGGACGACGACCCCUUCUACUCGCAGUUCGGCCGCAAGUGCAUGAGCCAGGUGCGCUCGCAACCGGCUCCGUUCGAGGACUGUAUCGCCGCAGCAAGGAGCAGGCGGACCGGCUUCGUGCCUUCACCGGUGGCCCUCAUCAAGAGCAGCGACGGCAACCUCCUGCCGCAGGUUGGCGGCCGGUUCAUCUCGGGUGAGGGCCGCCUAAGCGAGAACCCUGGGCUGGCCUUCAUGCACACCAUCUGGACACGCGAGCACAACCGCGUGGCAGCGGUGCUGGCGAAGAACCACCGAGACUGGGACGACGAGCGGCUGUUCCAGGAGGCGCGCCGCAUUGUCAACGGCGAGUACCAGAACGUCGUCUACAACGAAUACCUGCCCACUGUACUUGGCUUCAAGUACACGCGUGAUCAUGGUCUCGACCCAGCGUUCGGUCACUCCUUUGGCUACACGGGUCAGGUGGACCCGAGCGUUACGUCCGAGUUUUCAACAGCCGCCUUCCGCUUCGGACAUUCACAGGUACAAGACUUGUUCAUCCUACGCAGCGAGACAGGCCGCAUCUUGAAGACGCUGGCCAUGGAGGACACGUUCUUCCGUCCCGACCUACUCACCGGACCGGGUGUUAUGGCGCAAUUCGCGCGCGCACUGACGCGCCAGAAGCCGCGCUCGGUCGACAACACCUUCUCCGCCUCUGUGCACGAGAAGCUGUUUGCUCAGGGCGCGCCAUCCGGGCUGGAUCUGAUCGCUCUCAACAUCAACCGCGGUCGAGACCACGGCCUGCCGACCUACGUCACGGCGCUGGAGAACUGUCUGGAGCGCUCGCUCGACGGCGAGUGGUCUUCCCUGGCGCCGUUCUUCGAUCCGAAAGUGCUGCAGAGCCUGCAAUCGGUCUACGACAGCAUCUAUGACAUCGACCUUUUCAUCGGUGGUGUGGCCGAGAAGCGAAAGCCCGGUGCAUUGGUCGGCGAGGUGUUCCAGUGCAUCAUCGGCGAGCAGUUCUUCGUCACCCGUUACGGGGACAGUCUGUCAUUCCGGCAAGUACGCGAGAUUCAGCAGUCAAGCUGGGCGCGUAUCCUCUGCGACAACAUCCAAGGCCUGCAGGCGGUACAGCCGUUGGCGCUGUGGCAACCCUCCGUCUUCUUUAACAGUUUGCGCGACUGCAAUUCGUUCGCCAUUCCCCGUGCCGAUCUCAGCGUGUUCUAG